UGGAGGUCGGUGCUUUGCUACUUGUCUUGGCCAGACGAUGUACAUCCGUCACUGUUAUCUUUGGCAGCUCUUGCAAGCGCCUUGAGUAAAACAGUGCCAUGGUUGGUAAGGUAGGGAGGGGGGCGUUGGCUAAUUGCUAGCCACCUUACUAGUUAGCUAGCUAAGUUAGCUAUUAACGCGCUAAGAGGCAAAACAAGAUACAGAACACAAUAAUCGAAUUGAACGGAUAUGCAGAAUUUUCAACAAGAAUGAUUAAAAAACACUAUAGAAAUAUGAUUAUAUUAAUACACUGAGAUAAUGAUGAAACGAGCGACUUCGAGGCUAGUAUGGCUACAAAUAGGCUGACAGGACGCGAUCGGGUAGGAAGUUGAGCGGAAGUGGACGUUUGCGCAAAAGAUCUGAAUACUAAAACGGUGUGGAUCAUUCACACAAAGAGAAGUGACUAUAUAUGUUAUGCCAGACUGUAUAUACAGAGGUCUCUGAGUCAGGGACCGGCAGUUGCUCCAUGGACCAUCUCGGCUUGUUACUUUGUAGUUAAGUCUGUACUGAACUCACAAGCUCCGGUAUCUGAGAUAUUAUUGAACCAAUAUUUGUUCGACACAACGCGUCCAUGCACGAUGAUGUAUACAGAAAUGGUUUAAUUCUGAAAUACCACAAGGAGGUAGGCGAAACUGAGGAGACCAGGAGAAUGCAGACCUAUACCUGGCCCCAAAGUGGACUGGAUCGAUCCGUCGCUGGACAAUCCUCAAGUCCCCAAGUUACCAGUGGUCAGAUGAGUGACAUUCCAAGCAGCUAUUCUCGUCAAUAUGGGCCAGUCAGACCAGCUGUCCUGUAUAUAGAAGGUGGUCAAUGCCUACCACACAGCGGACAAGUAACCAGUGGAGGUUACUGGAGUGGACCGACCCUGAAUCAACAGGCUUCAAUGGUUAACAUAAACUCAUCUCAGCAUUCACCCACCAGAGAGCAAGUUCUGAUGGGUACUAGUCCCCUUUUGACAUCACUCUGGACUAACAAUGCAGCGGCUGCUCAAUCAACUGGUGUUACAUCACAAAGUGGAAACCAUCACACCUUGCCCGGAAGGGUUAACAGUGUAGCUCAUCCCACUUUCCAGCAGAGACUGGGGUUUUUGGGUGUUAAAAAUAGCAAUCCACAGAGGCUUGUUAAGGAUGGUCAGGGUGCAACCAUUCACUGCCCCCCUCAUAUUAAUUCACCACUGAAUACAAAUGUUAUGCAUCAUCUAAGCCCAGUGAGUGGCAGUCAGCAGCUUGUACUUGGCAGACAAGAUGGGGCCUCCAGUGGUACCUCUGCUUCUCUUGAAAUGGGUAGGAGCCCCAACCAUGUAAAUCAUGUAGUGAGUGGGCAGGAUUCAAAAAGGAUAGCAGAUCAAGCUCCUCCUCAGGGAAACCCACAAACACCAAACUAUUUUCAAAGUGCACAGGAAACAACAUAUAACCAACUGUUGUAUUUAUAUCAAAAUCAGAACAAUGACAGCAGGACUGAGAUGAACAGGGCUCAACAUGGAGCACCUGUCCACAGUGGCUCAUCAAACCACAGUCAGAUGUAUCCCUCUCAACUUCUCACUCGCAGCAACAACCAGGUCAAUGUACCAAAUGCUGCAGUGGGAAUGCCAAUGCAUAACAUUAGCCAGAAUCCUCAGUACAAUGUACAAAGUACAAUGUAUAACCCCCCUUUUAAUAAUUCUCCGAGACAUGUCUCCAUCUGCCCUAAAAGCCUUCCCAUCCCACCACAACAGAACAGACUCCCAUCUUAUUAUGCAAAUAAUAACAGUCAGUUUGGGCCCAUUGGAAAUAAUGCACACCAUGCCUCUCAUCCUAGGCUCCAUAUCCAAGGCACAGGCCCUAACCUACAUUACAAGCCAGACUGCACCAAUGUUCUGGUAUCCAACACUGGACCAUCUCCAUCUGUGCCAAACUAUAGUAUACAGUCCUCAGUCCAGCACAACCGUGAAACCGCGCCUCCACCAUACCCAGUCCAGCAGAUGCGUAAGUCCGCGCCUCCACCAUACCCAGGCCAGCACUCCCAUGGACCCGUCCUGAACAAGACAGAACAUGUGGUUGGGGCAGGAGCACAUUUUCUGCAACACUUGCCUAACCAAGGCACAGCCCCUACCCUACAUUACAAGCCAAAAAACAAUUAUGUUCAGUUAUCCAACACUGGACCACCUUCAUCUGUGACAAACCAUGGUAUGCUGUCUUCAGGCCAGCGAAACUGUGAGUCUGUGACUCCGUCACACCCCAUAAGACAGGGCUAUUACAUAAGAGUAACAGAGGACGAAAGUGGAAAUGGAUUUAGAACAGAAAAUUGUAUUUUCAUAGGAGAUAAACCUAAUGAAAGUGCUCUGGUCCUGCAAGGAUCAUCUGCAAGUAAUGCCCCCUCUGUUCUUACGGCACAGAAGGCCAUUGCAGUUGUACAACCACUAUCGCAGUGUAUGCAGACAAACGCGCAUAUAAAUGUGGCUGAUAAAAUCUUCUUGACCACCCAAGCUAUGUCUUUCUUAACAGGUGUCGGAAAUGUGAGUAACCCUGGGGAACAGUCUUGUGUCCAAAGUCCAUCACAAGACCAAACAACCCUUGCGCUAUCUGCUUCUUUGACAAAUGAAUCAGAACAAGAAGUCCCCAGGAUCAGACUAGAAUCAGGGGCUGAUAAAACAUUGACUCAGGGUUCAGAAACUUCUGAUGUUGAAAUGGCCAAGACAUAUUCAUGUUUUAAGUCUCAACGGUCAUUAUCAAACGGGUUACGUGCAGAGAAAUUUGAUUCUCAACCAUUAUCUAAUGUGGAAUGUCAAGCCACUCUGAGAAAAGAGUUAGCUGACACAGAAAUGACCACUCAUGUGAAUGUUAACCAAUUGAGUGAGGAAACGAAUGAAAAAGUCGAUUCCGAUGAGGACAUUUUUGAUUUGUCCUCCAUUCCUGUAAUCAAAUGGACCCUUGGUAAAUUGAAGGAGUUGGUAGAUACUGUGCAACAUCAAAAAUGCACUGCCACACCAGUUGAAAGCAAAAUACUAAGCCUCUAUUGGGAUGGAGAUGGGCCAAAGCUUAUGGAUGCUGCAAGAUCUGGUAUGUUACAAAAUAUAAUGCAAGAGGUUAGAUCUGUGUGUGGCGACGAUGACGAUAUGUCAUCACAGUCUGUCAUAUUUUCACAAGCCAGGCACAAAAACUGGGGUCAAGUUGAAGAGAAAUGUGCUAUUCUUAAACAUGACUCUGUUCACCCCGAGUUCCCGGCGCAAGAGUCAUCAUGGUUGAACACAAAUAAGCAGCUUGAUGACAUAGACAAGGAGUUUGGUUUCCCAUGGUCACUAAGAUAUGACCAAAAGACUCUUCAAAGAGGAGAUGAACAACCAAAACUAAUUUGUACCGAAAAUGAAAAAUCUACAGCCUCUGAAAAUUACAUGCAGACUGAGGUGACUCAGGCGAAGAGACCAACACCCUCUGAUUCUGAUGCUAAAGAAAUUCAAGGGUCAGGUUUGGCACACAGUUCCACCCAGACCCUCUCACUGGUUAAGAGAGAAAAAGCAGGUAUAAUUUUUAGUGACCCAUUUUCCUCCCUGGAGAUCAACGUGCUGACACCAGAAGAGGCUUUGCAGUUUUUCAGUGGGCAGCUACUACAAGAUGAAGUGAACAAAGACCUGUUGGAAUUGCCAAUGGUAAUGGAUGCGGAGCUGAUUGAGUUGAAAGAUUACUCAGUGGAGGAUAAAUCAUCUGAGAGGGUAGAUGUGAAGUUGACUGAUUUAAAACUCAAAAACAAAGGGGAUGUCCAAUCAGAAGAUUACUGUUGCCUCUCUCGUUGGAUGGCAGUGUUCAGUGGGUCCACCAAUUCUUCGUCCUGUAAAUGCCAAUACAAGACGAAACUGGGUUCAGCAAAGGCCACUGUGAAUGCGACGGCAUUGGUUGAGGUAACGUUGUCUGUUGAACCCAGCACAACAAAAGCAGAACAAAGGGAAUGUGUGCAUUUGUGUAAAUCAAAUGGCACAGCAGAAGAAAAGAGUGAAGAGAAUCCUGUAAAAAAUGUGAACCCUCAAUCUUGGAAAUCUACAGGUAUUGAAGAAUGCCAAACAAUUGUCUUGUCUGAUAGAAAAUCUGAGACUGCUCGCAUAUACACAAAUGGGGUGAAGAGUUUGCCUUUGUCAAAAGCCCCAGCACUGCAACUCCCCAUCAACCACAUAAACAUUGUUGAAAUUGAAGAGGUCUUCUCGCAUUAUGAAGACUUAAUCAAAGUAGCCACCUCAAUGUCGGAGCUAGUUUGGGAUGAUGUACAGCCAAAGCAGAAACUACCAGGUCCGUUCCAGAAACAUGUGGAAUGUGUACAAGAACUUGGUGUCAUUUUGGAAGAAGGAAAACCUAGAGGUAGUGAAGUCGUUCCUACAGUUCCCAUUCCUACUUCUAAUCUGCAACCUGAAGCAACAGACAAAAUCGGUUUCCUUACAUCACUUUCCUUGGCACAAAGAUGUCACAAACCUCUCUCACCUAAAACAAAUUGUAGCUACAAGGUUAAACAAAAAGGGGUUGGACUCAAGAGAAGAUGUGUUGAAAGUCCUCAUUCAAAUUUGCCUGUCCCAAGAAAGCAAAGGAAAAUGAGGGACGGAUUAGGUCCCUCCUUUCACCUUGUUCCUGAGGUCAACUUGACUGAUGAUGAAGAUUUUGAGCCCCCCAAUACAACUACUUCUAAGUCUUUGGAAGAAGAGAAACAUUCAAAAGGUAGCAAUCUCCAGAAGCCAACAGAACAUGGAAUUGGGAACAACAUUUGGAGGGUUGGCACAGUAAGUCUAACCUUGUUUGGUUCCGCGCUCCAACGCAAGGACCAUAAUGCUUCUCGAGCCAGACCUUUUGCAGACAAUGCUCCAGCACCUCCUGUAACCCUCAGUGUGAAUGUCAACUCCUGGACAACAGAGUCCUCUGAGACCAGUCCUCCAGUGGAAAGCCCAAUCAAACAAUGGAUCUUAAACGAGUGGAAUAAUAGUUUUAUCCCGACAAAGAGAAAGUCCAGGGGCAAAGUGCCAAGACUACAAAACAGAAGAGGCGUUGCUCCAAAAAUAAUUUGUGCUGAAAUGGCUAAAAAGAUUGUUGCCCUCACCAACACAGAUAGAGGGGCAUUAUCCUUUGAAAGGGGAGCCACACCAGAACGAACUGUAAAGGCCAAGCAGACUUUGCGGCGCAUUGAAAGAGAAAGAAUCUUAAGCGGCCUGAAACUCAGACUGAAGAAAUCUAGGAUUGAGGCAGUGCCAUCCAUUAUCCCUGAUAUAGUGGAAAAAUGUAAAUAUGAGCUUGGAAACCCUGCUUCUUUGCCUCAUGAGGAGAACAGUCUUAUGUUUAGUGUGCUGCCGGAGUCAUUCAACUUCAAAGAAAUCAUGGACCCUCCUACACAGACAGGUUCAAUGAAUGACAUGGCUGGUCCGGUUGCUGCGAAGGCAGAGAAUCAUAAGGCAAUAUUCCAAAAAUCCAAAGGUGUAUGGUCUGUUGGCAUUCAGAAGAGAUAUUGUCCUCUCACCUCUUUGACCACUAAAGUUCCCAAGUCUUCCUCCACCACCUUCCAGAUGUUUCAGAGGAAAUUCAAGCAGAAGAAGUAGGCCUGGCAGCUGACCCACAACAAAUUGUAUUGCUUCCAGUUACGGACUGGGGGAGUGGAGUCAUGACUGUCGGAUGACAAUCUGAUUCUUGUAACUUGUUUCCCAUGGAAAUAUGUUUUUUGUUUUUAAUGACAAAUGUUCAUAACCAAUGUAUAUUCUUUGGGAAUGCAGAAAUUGACCUCAUUGUGGUAAGGUUGGGCAGCUCAUAAUACAGUUAUUAUUUACUGUAGUUAGCGUUUACAUUCUUAAGAGACUGAGAACUUAUCUGACAGUGUCCUCUCUACCUCAGGCCUGACAGGUGUUGGUUACACUUUUCUUGGCUCUCCUGAGUUGUGCCAAAUAGGAGAAGUCCAAGUUCCUUUUAAUAUGCUUGUAGUCAACCCCUAGUGAUGUAAAUGUCUACGUCAUUACCUUCUUCUCAUGAGACAAAGCCUAUGCAUACACAGCUAUUCAAACAAUGGUUCCAGUGUUAUCUAAAGGCUCAGCAGUAAAUGUCCACUCCCCAAGUUGAUUUAUGGUGGUAUGUCUUGACUCGUCUCUUAUCUCUUUCACUCCCCUGCAGGGUUCUGUGUCUAUGAAUCUCUUAUCUUUGAGGCACUUUCUCACAGACACCUUGUUUGACUGCAAUAACUCCCAUCUCUCAGAACGUUUCUUGUAAGAAGCAGAGACUAGAAAAUAACUGGAACAAUAUUACACCUUAUAAUGCAUAUAUAUUGUUAAUCUGUAGUCCAGGACCCUAUAAAUGUAAGGGGGAGGGCUCCCUUCCCCUUCUAUUAAUACAACAUAAGCAUAACCAAUUAUUAUAAUACAUCAAACAUUUGGUGCAGCCCCUAUCAUGACCCCAAGUUGACCCCAUCACAGGCAACAUUGUGAAACUUAAUCUAAUUUAAAAACCCUAAACUAAAGUUUUGUGUGUCAUUGGAUGGCUGUUUUUUUUUAUGUUUAUUUUCUUGUCAGUGUUGUAGCUGACAUUUUUGGGGGGUAAACAGUAUUUUAUUCAAACCUCAUGUUUACUGUUUUGAAUGCAUCACAGAAUGUGAACUAUGCAAAAUUGACUGCGGUUUGUAUGAAUUUGUAAGAUAUCAUUCUGCCUACCUCUCUACUGUUCCCUUUUACAAUCUUAUAAGUGGGUACCUUACCAAUCGUUAUUUUUCUGGCGUUUUUAAAUCGAUUCCGUUUGUUGACACGGGAUGAACAGUAUUGUAUGAUUUAGAGAUACUAAGCCAGCUGAAACAAGGUUGCUUUGCAGUAUUCUGGAUGCAUAUAGCAGGAAAACUGUACGUGUUUGUUCUACCUAGUGUUAUUUCUUUAUGUUGGUGUAUGUUAUUUGUUUCUAAAUAUUUUUGUACACUUAAAAAUAUAUUGUCAGCAGCAUCCUUCA